UUUCCCUCGCUGCCUCACAGGAAGUGGGGCCGCUGCUGGAGGAGAGCUGGAGGAAGGCGGCGGAGAAGGAGCUGCAGGAGGCGAGGCUCUUCUUUAAUUUUGCUGAUUCAGAUUGUGAAGCAGUGGGAGAGAGAAGCACAGCGCCAGAGAGAAAUAUCUCAGACCGUCCAGCAAAAAUUACAGCUACAUCAUUGAUGUUUCUUAUGGGCCACAUAAAUGGACAAGAGCAACGAGUGGCCAUGACUGUAAGAAAGCCCAGAAGCUGAGAUCGGGUUUUUUUCUUUGCACUUUAUAUGUCUCAGAAUUUGAUGACACGUUUUCAGCCGGCCGCUUUCAGAAAAUGAAGGCAUUAUGAGCCCUUCAUAGCUCCCAUCGUGUGCUUAGACAAAUUGCCAUGAACAUAAUGGAGGCUGUACCUGACAGGUUAGACUGUAGCUACAUGCAGUAAUGGAAAAUGUAAUAAUACUGGAUUUGGGACUCUCUACAGUAUUGCUUGAACAAGACAAGAUUUUUUGAGGGGGGACAAUGGCUCGCACAGAAAUGGAUGUACUUGGGCAUUGGCGAGAGUUGUUUUGAAUCCUCUUUGAAACCAUGUCUCCUUGUGAGUAACACAAGCAAGAGAUGACCAAAAUUAUCAGCUGCUUAGUUGGAAGACAACGAACGGGUUCUGAGAAUGCCCAGAAGGGGCUUCCUGUUUCAAGCCAGGACUCGAUGGCUAUUGGUUGGUCUUGCUUUACUCUUAAGUCUGUUGCUCUUCAUGUAUCUUCUCGAGUGCGCUCCCCAGACAGACGGCAAUGGCUCCCUUCCGGGCAUCGUAGGGGAGACUUUUGGCAAAGAACACUACCAAGCCCUUCUGCAGGAACAAGAGGAGCAUUACCAGACCAGGGCGAUGAGCCUCAAGCGGCAGAUUGCCCAGUUGAAGCAGGAGCUCCAGGAAAUGAGCGAGAAGUUGAAAUUAUUACAGGAGAAAAAAAGCCCUAAAGUCAGCAGCAUGGGCUACCCGGCCACCAAAGAGCAAACGCCCAACGAUCUCCUAGAAUAUUUGCAUUCUCAGAUCGAUAAAGCAGAAGUGAGCAUGGGGGCCAAACUGCCUAGCGAGUACGGCGUCGUCCCCUUUGAAAGCUUUACCUCGACGAAGGUGUUCCAGUUGGAGAUGGGGCUCACGCGGCACCCGGAGGAGAAGCCCGUCAGGAAAGAUAAGCGAGAUGAGCUGGUAGAAGUAAUUGAGGCUGGCCUCGAGGUAAUCAAUAACCCAGAUGAAGAAGAUGGACAAGAUGAAGAUGAUGAAAUAGGGGAGAGACAGCUGUACAGUGAAAACGAUUUCGUGGAAGGCUAUUACCGCACUGAGAGAGACAAAGGGACACAGUAUGAGUUGUUCUACAAGAAGGCAGAGGAUAUGGAGUACAAGCAUGUCACCCUCUUCCGUCCCUUUGGGCCCCUAAUGAAAGUAAAGAGUGAAACUGUGGACAUUUCCAGGUCCAUAAUCGACAUUAUUGUUCCCCUCGCUGGAAGGACAGAAGUUUUUGCCCAGUUCAUGCAAAACUUCAGGGACGUGUGCAUUAAUCAGGACAAGCGGAUUCACCUCACUGUAGUAUAUUUUGGCCAAGAAGGGCUUUCUGAAGUCAAGAGUAUCUUAGAGUUGGUUGCUAGAGAUACGAACUUUCAUAAUUACACACUUGUGUCCUUGAACGAAGAGUUCAAUCGUGGCCGAGGGUUAGAUGUCGGCGCCAGAGCCUGGGAGAAAGGCGAGGUCCUGAUGUUCUUCUGCGACGUUGAUAUUUAUUUCACAGCCGAGUUCUUGAAUAGCUGUCGCUUGAACGCCGAGCCAGGCAAGAAAGUUUUCUACCCCGUGGUGUUCAGCCUUUAUAAUCCUGCCAUUGUCUACGCUAAUCAAGAUGUGCCACCCCCCGUGGAGCAGCAGUUGGUGCACAAAAAGGACUCUGGCUUUUGGCGGGAUUUUGGCUUUGGGAUGACCUGUCAGUAUCGAACAGACUUCUUGACUGUCGGAGGAUUUGACUUGGAAGUCAAAGGCUGGGGCGGAGAGGAUGUCCACCUCUACCGGAAGUACUUGCACAGCGACCUGGUGGUGGUCAGGACUCCGGUGCCGGGCCUCUUCCACCUCUGGCACGAGAAGCACUGCGCCGACGAAUUGACUCCCGAGCAAUAUCGCAUGUGCAUUCAGUCUAAAGCCAUGAACGAGGCGUCUCACUCUCACCUCGGGAUGCUGGUCUUCAGGGAGGAGAUCGAGGCUCACCUGCGUAAGCAGGCCUACCGAACUAGCAGCGAAGCGAUAGGUUGAAGUAGUCCACAGCGCAACCUGAAGGACUCCACAGCACCGCGGACCAGCAUCGUUCUUAAAGCCUUAAUUAACUCAGUUCGUUUUGUUUUUCUUUUUUUAAAAAAACGCAGUGCCUCUCUCCCUUGCGAAGUUGAGUUCGAGAUCUCGUCUGGCCUAUUUGGGUACAUUUCACCAUAGAUCAGGCACUUGCGUGGAAGGGAGCAUUUCUACUUGUGGGGGGGCGGAAACGAGCAGAAUGUAUUAACUCCUCCAGCUCUGUUGUUUUCCUUCUCAAAUGUUUUUCACUUCUCAGAUCUGCAUUAUGCGACAGUAAGAAUUGCAAGCAAGCAAAAACCGUCUUCUCCGCUGCCUGCAGUUACUCUGCGCUGCUCAUUUCACUGUAGCUUUUUAAAGAAAAAGGACCACUGUAUAUGUAUAAACUCCGUGAAGGAAGAAUAAAACAGGCAAAAAAGCCAGUGAGGGUUCCUAUACAGAAACGUGGUGGUAUGUAGUGCAACUAGACUUCCUGAACUUGCCUUAUUAACCGUCAGGUACAUAAAUUAACUUAAAAAUAUGUUUCAGUUCUUUUAAAAGAGGCUACGGAACAGUUACAGUAAUGUGGUCAUGCUGCUUCUUAUCAGACUGUAAAUGAAUUGAGCUUGUGUGCUAUUUGCUUAAUCUUAGCUACUAGCCAAAUACUUUUUUUUUUUGCAUGUUCCAAGAUGUACAGAGAGAGAGAGAGACUGUCUUGAACGCAAAAGUUUUCACUUCACUGGCUUGUCGUGACACUUCUGAUAUCCUUUGUUCCUCAAAGGUUGGAGCUUGUCUCCCAGGUAAAAGGGAAUGGAAGAGAUAUUUAAAUAUUAGACUGGUAUCCUCUUUUGACUCUGCCCUCCUGGGUCUAGUUUUCUUGUCAUUUUGCUUCCCGCAGAGGGCCCAAGAUUGCCUCUUGUUCAAGCCCCAUUGAAACUUCAGAGUGGUGGCCUAGAGGCAGAGUUGGGCUCCGGUCAUUCCUAGGGUUUGCAAAGGUAACGUCGGACCCGUUGUGCCCGUUUUUGUUCCUCGGCAACUAAAAGAUACAGCUCUGUGUUCGGAACAACUGUUUACUGUUUGAAAAGAGGUCCAGACAUUGCUGCAUUUUUAACAUAUAGUUUUGCCUUCAUGUAACGUGGAGAACAGUGUGACGUGUCCGAAAUAUGGGGAGAAUGGAACGCAAGUCGGCUUGCCGUGUUCUCUUUAUAAAUAAAUUGAAUACCUGUGUAUUUUAA